AUGGCCACCUUGCUGCCUCCUCCCUCGAAAAAACAAAAGCGACUCGCACAGGAGCCCAAGGAUCUAGAUCUGAUCCCCGAGGACCUGCCCAAUGUGCUGGUUCGAUUCCAGGCGUCGGACACUGGCGAAAACACUGGUGGAUCGGUGCGAGUUCCUGGAGCCGCCACCGAAAAGCAGCUGGAGAUGCUUCUGAACCAGCUCCAGGAGACCAACGAUGACCCCACGCCUUACACUUUCUCUGUGAUCAAGGGAGAAGGCGACGAACAGACGCUGAUUGACAUUACCGACAACAUUUGGGCAUCGAUUCUCAAACCCGGACACAAGAGUACAGAAGACCAGCUGACGAUUGUGUACACCCCACGUGCUGUUUUCAAAGUCAAGAACAUCACCCGAUCGACCGCCGCCAUUCCUGGUCACGGCAGCACUAUUCUGACCACCCAGUUUGCACCCCACACUUCGUCUCGAAUGGUUUCGGGCUCAGGCGACUUCACUGCACGAAUCUGGGACUGCGACACUCAGACCCCCAUGCACACUCUCAAGGGCCACUCUAACUGGGUUUUGUGCGUGGCCUGGUCUCCCGAUGGUAAGAUGAUCGCUACUGGAUCCAUGGAUAACACCAUUUGCAUCUGGGACGCUGUAAAGGGCACCCAGAUUGGAAAGCCCCUCAAGGGACACACCAAGUGGAUCACAGGCAUGUCGUGGGAGCCUCUGCACAAGGUGAAGGAGGGUCACGUGCCCCGACUGGCCUCGUCAUCAAAGGAUGGCACUGUACGAAUCUGGGACAUUGGAGCCGGCACCUACCUGCGAACCAUGGCCGGUCAUAGAAGCGCCGUCACCUGCGUCAAGUGGGGAGGAAUCGGUUUCCUCUAUUCUGCUUCUCAUGACAAGACCGUGAAGGUGUGGGAUCCCGAAUCUGGCCGUCUCCAGCACAACCUGACGGCCCAUGGUCACUGGGUCAACCACAUUGCGCUGUCGACCGACUACGCCCUUCGAACCGGAGGCUUUGACCACGACACCACACGAAAAGACUUCAAGGCCAGCGACACUGAGCUGCGAACCAAGGCGCUCGAGAAGUUCAACAAACUGGCCAACACCUCUGGACGCAUCUCCGAGCGAAUGGUGACCGCCUCCGACGACUUCACCAUGUUCCUGUGGGAGCCCGAAAAGAGCACAAAGCCUCUUUGCCGAAUGACCGGCCAUCAGAAGGCCGUUAACCACGUCACAUUUUCUCCUGACGGCCGAUAUCUGGCUUCUGCCUCGUUCGAUAACUCCAUCAAGCUGUGGGACGGAAGAGACGGCAAGUUUGUCACCACGUUUAGAGGACAUGUGGCCUCCGUGUACCAGUGCGCCUGGUCGUCCGACUGCAGACUCAUGGUCUCGUGCUCUAAGGACACCACUCUCAAGGUGUGGGAUGUGCGAACUAAGAAGUUGUUGUCGGAUCUGCCUGGCCACGCUGACGAGGUGUUUGCUGUCGACUGGUCCGUCGACGGAAACAAGGUGGCUUCUGGUGGAAAGGACAAGAUGAUUAGAUUGUGGUCUCAUUGA